AAAUAGUUUGUUUCGUUUUAAAAAAAAAAGAAAAAAAAAAAUACGAUUAAUCAAGAAAAAAGACGAAGGAAUCAUAAUGUUUGCUGACCACAAUAUCACCUGCAGGGGUCAGUUGUAGCUAGAGUGGGGAAUAGCGUGGAGGGUGGUAAAGAGUAUUCGUGCAGGCUGUUGGUUCGCUAGUUUCGUGGUAGCGAUAACCCCCGAUGCGCGUGUGCACCUAUGUAUUUCAAUGUGUUAGGUUUAGAUAGAUUCGCUUAUACAAGGAAAGAGAGACCUCAAAGCCGUUUUCCUCGGUCGUUCAAUACGCGCGCGCGCGAAACGAAUCGACUUCGUCCAUAGUAUCGUCACAGUUCUCGUCGGAGACGUUCGUGAUUUUGCACCCUUGUUCAAGUCACAAUUUACCGAACUAUAUGACGAGGGUACACCACUGUUUCCUUUCUUAUUUUCCUUCAUCUCUAUUUCUAUCUUCGCCUUUCCCUUUUUUUAACAUUUUUUCUUUUAUUAAAUCUCUCGUUUUCUUUGCUACCUCGUUUCUCUUUACGUUAUUUUCACUUGUUAUAUUUAAAUACGUAUCAGUUUUUAUUCCGAUUCUAUUUCUCAUUUCCAUUUUAAUACGUGCUAUUUUAACUGUCCCCACACUUUAUACAUUGUUUUUCUUGUCUAAUUCUUUUUUCCUCCUUAUCCUGUUUGUCGUCACGUCGUUGUCAUUUCAUUCAAAUCUUAUUCGGGACACUGUUCAGAACUUGAUCUUCGAAUCUCCUUGGAUAAAGCAGAUGGUAAAUAUGAUUCGCGAGUGUUAUUGUACAUUACUGGAGUGACCAGUAAGCAACAGACUGAUUUUGCGUCAUUUCCUAUUGUUAUUCCUUCUUGUUAUUUGACAUUGUUUUCUAUCGCGAUGCGAUCAGCCACGGAAUCGUGUGUGAACGAUAUCCAGGAGACAACGUCGCAGAGCAGACCGGAUUAGGGAUACAUCGAUCAUCAAGAGAUCAAAGAAAGAAAUCACGCAACGUCUCUUUCGAGUAUACUCUCUACCCUUUCUUUUUUUUUUCUUCCAUAUCUUCCCUCUUUCUUACUCAUUUGACAUUUCCCUUCUCUUUCUUUUUAAUCAUCUCCAUUUUCUCUUUCAUUUUCUCUCAUUUUCGAUUUCCUUCUCAACUUUUUUACCGCUUGGUGGUGAAACGCGUCGCAGCGGCACGAUCGUCAUCGACGAAAAAAGAAGAAUCUAUAUACUGUACCGCGACAUACAUUCGAGUUCGCGCUCAGUCAAUAGCAGCUGCAUCCUUUAAAAUUUCAAAAGAACCACAAAUACAAGAGUAUCCACAAGCGUGGAACGCAUUGUGAUCGAAUAUCAAACGACCGGCGACCAAAUUACCGGGAAAAAAAACUGCCUUCCACCUUAAUACGGGUUAUAUCACCACGAUUUCGAGGAGAAACGAGCCAACAAAUCGCGAGGAGUAAACAGUAUUAUGCGUCUACACUUUUGUUUACUAUUUAAGAAAAGAGAUAUUUACAAAAGAGUCAAUAUGAGUUUGCAAAUCUCGUAGAUAAAAGAAGGAAAAAAGAGGAAAGAGAACGAGACAAGUUCUGUGUAGGAACCGCAACGAUGAAAGGUACAAAUUUCGAUGAACCGAGGAACCAAAGAUUCCAAUGAUACCUUCGCAAGGUGGCCGUGAGGGAUAUAAAGGUUCUCCCAACCCUCCGAGCAACGGCUCUGAGGACAAUGGCUUCGCUAAUCGACCUCGAGUGGCGGGCCUUUACACGACGAAUCUCUUCAGACAAGAGCUCGUUCGAUCGUCAGAAGAGACUGGUGCUCGAUCUCAUGGUCCCGCGCGAGAUAUUCUUGAAAGAUCCCCACGAGAGAUUGGAAGCCAAAGAAGUUUAAAUCUUCCUACGGGUAUUGCCGAGGAAUUUGAGCUAUUGGAUCGGUCGAGAAUCGGGAUUUCGAGGACGCCUCAACCAUUAAGAAGGGCAGAGGUGGCCGUUGCUCAUUAUGAGCCGAGAUCUAGAUUCGACGAGUCGGUCAGGCGAGGGGAUCAUUAUGGAUCGCCGUCUGUCGAGAGGACGAUCCGUGGGAGGGAACACGAGCAACAGGAAGGAUGCGUUGUACCCGAUACAAUUCGAAGAUCCCACGCUGAAUUUUCCGAGCAGACGUUAUGGAUGGAGUCGGGUAUCGAUAAUUCUAAAAUACCUAUUUCAACUGGCGAUUUUGCUGGAAGAAGGGGGCAAGAUGAUAGUUCCACUUUCGCAUCAACAUCCGCCUCGAUACUCAUUUCACCCGCUAGCGAAACAAGCGAAUGCGAUGCGAUCUCGCCCCCGGAAGUGGAGAAGCCAUCACCGCCACCGUACACGGGCCUUAGCCCGCCUGAAUAUACCGAGCACGUGUACGAAACUAGUGAAACACCUUCGCCGAUAUUUCCAAAUUAUCCGUUGACAUCGUACGCGGAGGAGACGCGUCACAGGCGUUCGAGAUCCUCUGUUUCGGACGCCGAACUUGAAUUUAUAGUACGCAAGGAACGUUUAAGAAGCGAGGAUCGGUUUGAGUCGGAACACUUGGAGAAAGAUUCGAGGCAAAUUGAAUCCGAGCAUCGAGAUUUUUCUAAAACGAUUAAAUCCACGGAUGAGGAUGCAUCGAGAUCGAGGGAUGUGGCGAGGUUACGACCUCCUUUAACAGCAGUGGCGGGCGCUUCGGCCGAUUCUGGGACCGGUGAUUCCGGAAGUGCGGAGAUCCAGGUGGAUCCUCUUGGUACGCCUAGGACAACGACCGCCGGCGAGAUUUUGGAUGUAGGGAACGGGAUUGAAAACGGUCAAGCUGCCAAUAAAUCGACGAUUAAAACUCCCACGAACAAUAAACAAACGGUUAAACUGUUCACAAAAGAAAGCCUCGACAGGUUGGAGAAUAGAACUGUGCAACUUGUCAGAGAUUAUGGAUUUCAACCGAAGAAACGGAUGUCGGUCGAAGAUGGUGCGGUGCUUCCAAAUAAAUAUGAACCUUUCCCAACCGAUCUUUACGGCAGGCCUCUCGAAGAAAUCGAUAAUUUUAUUUACGACGAGACAUUUUGCGUAGUAUCGAAGAGAUUUCGUAAAAAUUACAUCCACAGAUUUACGGCGACGAACAGUUGGUUCAUAUUUUCUCCAUGGAAUCCUAUAAGACGAUAUUGUAUUUACUUAAGCACGAAUCAGUACUUCGAUUAUGUAGUCAUGGCUACGAUAAUAUUAAAUUGUGCCUUCCUCGCCAUGACAGAAACUAUCGAGGAAGCCGAAUAUAUAUUCUUAGCUAUAUACACGGCUGAAAUGGUGAUCAAGUCGAUAGCUAAGGGAUUUGUGCUCAAUAAGUAUACUUAUCUGCGAAAUCCGUGGAACUGGUUGGAUUUCGUAGUUAUCACUAGUGGCUAUGCGACUAUAGGGAUGGAAGUAGGAAAUUUAGCUGGAUUGAGAACAUUUCGAGUAUUGAGAGCUCUUAAAACCGUUUCAAUUAUGCCUGGCUUAAAAACCAUCAUAAAUGCAUUGUUACAUAGUUUUAAGCAACUUGCCGAAGUAAUGACGCUCACGAUCUUUUGUCUGAUGGUUUUUGCACUUUUUGCUCUACAAGUUUAUAUGGGUGAACUUCGAAAUAAAUGUGUUAAAAUUUUGGAAUUCAAUGAUACACAAGUCGAUUGGAAAGAGUGGACUUGGAACUCAUCCAACUGGGCAUUCGACGAAGAUGAAGAACCAAUAAUUUGCGGUAACGCGACUGGCGCCAGACAUUGCAACGAAAGUUACAUUUGCCUUUGCGUUGGCCCAAAUCCAAAUCAUGGUUAUACAAAUUUUGAUAAUUUUCUCUGGUCAAUGCUCACCACGUUUCAGUUGAUUACUUUGGAUUAUUGGGAAGACGUCUACAAUAAGGUAUUGUCGGCGUGCGGACCUAUCAGCGUCUCGUUCUUCACGGUGGUCGUGUUUUUUGGAUCAUUUUAUUUGAUCAACCUGAUGCUCGCUGUCGUUGCAUUGAGUUACGAGGAGGAAGCAGAAAUUACAAACGAGGAACGAAGGAAGGAUUUAACCGACCAUCGCGAGGACUCGACGUUUAGUUUCGACCCGACAAAAAUCAAUGUGAAGACGCUUGCCAAAGAAAAGCAAAAAAAAUUGGAUGCAAGAAAAGGGGUUCUCUUAAGUAGUUACACGCGUAAGAAGACGCGAAGAAGAAGACGUGGGAGAAGCACUGCCGGUUCCACUUCAUCUGGUCAAGAUAAAGGUGGCUCUGUGCCAAGCAGGUCGGUGACACCGAGCCCGAAUCCAAGUCCAAGACACUCAAACGUUCGACCGUCUCAUUUACUUCUACAAAAUGUCAAUCCGCGAACAGCUGAAAAUAAUGGAGUUCAUAGAUUGGCGCCAAAUCGUGGUAUGCUUCAUUCUCGACAAGCAAGUAACAACAGUAAUCAACAAUCGUCGUUAGAUGAUUCCGGGGUUGUCGACGAUCAUGAUGCCGAUGAUGUAACAUCCGUGGAAGAGCACGAUAGACGCGAUAACAAAGAAUGUAGGGGCAAUUGGCAAGAGAGGACGCCCACCAAUAAUAAGAAUGGGGACACCAAUGGCGAAACGAAUCCGGAUCAAACGAGAAAUGGAAUGAACAAUGAGACGGAAGUAAACGACAAUGAACGAGAAGAAUCGGAGGCAACCCAUUCCGGUAGUUAUCUUCGAACAUCUGCAAAUAUUCCUGUCUCUCUUGCUGGCGGACCCACUCGAGAAUUUCGAGUGUUUAAGUGCAAUGGUGUGAAAACAAAGAAACAAAUGUACACUUUACCACCAGAGUAUUUAUCGCACAUUGUUAUUUUAGAUGAUCUACCGGAUAGAAAUUGUGAAAAAUGCAUCCAAUGCUGCGUAGAUUACGAGGGUUGGCUACGAUUUCAGAAUUGUUUGUACAAGGUAGUGAGAGAUCCACUAUUCGAGUUGACGAUCACACUGUGCAUCGUCCUCAAUACCGGCUUUUUGGCAAUGGAACAUCACGGAAUGAGCGAAUCGAUACGACAGGCGCUCAACAUCGGUAAUAAAGUGUUUACCAGUAUCUUCACCUUCGAAUGCUUGCUGAAGCUGUUGGCGCUGAGUAAAGAUUUCUUCGCCAACGGAUGGAACAAUUUCGAUUUGAUAAUAGUGUCAGCGUCUCUGAUAGAUCUUACCUUCGAGCUGGUAGACGGUCUCUCCGUGAUACGCGGACUGAGGCUUCUGCGUGUGUUAAAAUUGGCACAAUCCUGGACAACGAUGAAGGUUCUCCUCAGCAUUAUUAUCUCGACGAUCGGCGCUCUUGGAAAUCUCACCUUAGUUCUGGUGAUCGUGAUUUAUAUAUUCGCCGUGAUCGGCAUGCAAUUAUUCAGUAAAGAUUACACAUUGGACAAAUUCUAUCCGGAUCCUGUACCACGUUGGAACUUUAACGAUUUCUUUCACUCGUUUAUGAUGAUAUUUCGUAUACUUUGCGGAGAAUGGAUCGAGCCGUUAUGGGAUUGCAUGAGAGCGGAACAAGAAGACGGACCCGAGGCAUGCUUCGCUAUAUUUUUACCGGCUCUCGUCAUGGGUAAUUUUAUGGUGUUGAAUCUCUUCCUUGCUUUACUGCUCAACAGCUUCAAUUCGGAAGAGUUGAAGCAGAAAAAGGAAGAGGUCGGCGAGGAUUCGAAACUCGCAAGAUCGUUCGAUCGUAUUCGUUCGAUUAUAAGAAAAAAUAAAUGUUCCCGGAUGGGGCAAAUUGUCGCAAAAGGAAGAGGGAAAGAUCCUCGUUUCGAAAAGAUCGUGCGAAGAGUUAUGGAUCGAUCCGACAAUGAGACUAAAUACGCCAUUCAAGAGACUGUGCUCAACCUUCCAAAGGAUAACGUUUACAAUAGAUCUUAUCAAGAAAGUUUGAAUCAGCCAGUUUUUACUUACGAUCCGGUUUACUCUCAAUCUCAGAUGGAAGGGCAAAGAUACGAACGGUGGGAAAAAGACGAUGAAGAAAAGAACGAAACAACGUAUGACGAAAAGAAUUACUCGAAUAAAGAAAAAGAGAUGGAAAUGAACGAAAACAAGGAAGAGGAAUGUCAAGAUCUGGAAGUCGUGAGAGAUUCCUCGUGUUCGAACAAAGCACCCGCGGAAGAAAGAAUCGCGAUGCUACCUCAAAAAGAUCCAUUUCCUAGACACGAGGAUCGAAUACCUAAGCGACCUUGGCACGCGCUCGUCAGUUAUGUCGAUGAACUGACCGUUGGUGGUAGAAGAGAUAGCAAGGGGAAAUAUAUCGACGGGAUGGGUUCUUUCCCCGGAUUUGGAAGGAGUAAUCGGCGUAAAGAACCGCAAGAUUGCUUUCCACGACAGUGUUACCAGAAGUGUACCUGCAUCGAUCGGUGUAUUGCAACAGCUAUUGGCAAAAAAUGGAUCAAACUACGAACAAUGAUUCUAUCGGUCGUUGACACGCCUGGCUUCGAAUGGAUGAUCCUAGUUUUAAUUUUUGCAUCUUCCAUAACGCUUUGUUUUGAAGAUAUUUACCUAGAUGAUAAUCCUUUUUUGAAGAAAAUCCUCUAUUGGACCAAUCUUGGCUUCUGUGCGCUUUUCAGUAUUGAGAUGUUACUCAAGUGGUUAGCUCUGGGUUUCUGCAAAUAUUUCACCAGUUUUUGGACAAUCUUGGAUUUUAUAAUUGUCUUUGUAUCAACAUUUAGUCUGUUAAUAGAAGAAAACGAAAAUUUGAAAGUGCUAAGAUCUCUAAGAACUUUGAGAGCACUAAGACCUUUAAGAGCAAUAUCGAGAUGGCAAGGCAUGAGGAUCGUAGUGAACGCGUUGAUGUAUGCGAUACCUAGUAUAUUCAACGUGCUCCUCGUCUGUCUCGUGUUCUGGCUGAUAUUUUCUAUAAUGGGUGUACAAUUUUUUGGCGGAAAAUUUUUCAAAUGCGUUAACGAGUACGGCGAAUUAUUAGAUAUAUCGAUUGUAAACACGAAAGACGAUUGUUUGAGGAAAAAUUACUCUUGGGAAAAUAGUAAAAUCACGUUUGAUCACGUGGGAAUAGCAUAUCUAGCUUUGUUCCAAGUAGCCACUUUCGAAGGGUGGAUGGAGGUGAUGCAGGAUGCGGUAGACGCAAGAGGUGUAGAUCUUCAACCUCAAAGAGAAGCAAACAUCUACGCAUAUUUCUACUUUGUGAUAUUUAUCGUUUGCGGCUCUUUUUUUACACUAAAUCUCUUUAUCGGAGUAAUUAUAGACAACUUUAAUAUGUUAAAGAAAAAGUACGAAGGUGGAGUGCUAGAAAUGUUUUUGACCGAAAGUCAAAAACACUACUACACUGCCAUGAAAAAACUUGGCCGUAAAAAGCCACAAAAAGUGAUAAAGCGUCCGAUGAAUCAAAUCCUCGCAAUGUUUUAUGAUCUAUCGAAUUCACGCAGAUUUGAAAUAGCAAUUUUCAUUUUGAUAUUUCUCAACAUGCUGACAAUGGGAAUCGAGCAUUACGAUCAACCUCAUCCAAUUUUCUUCGUCCUUGAAGUAUCGAAUGCAUUUUUCACAACUGUUUUUGGCUUAGAAGCAAUCGUGAAAAUAAUAGGACUUCGAUAUCAUUAUUUCACGGUGCCAUGGAACUUGUUCGAUUUCCUCCUUGUGCUGGCUUCAAUAUUAGGAAUAUUAAUGGAGGAUAUUAUGGUAGACUUUCCGGUGUCCCCGACGCUCCUGCGAGUCGUGAGAGUGUUCAGAAUUGGUAGAAUCUUAAGGCUCAUAAAAGCAGCAAAAGGUAUUCGCAAACUGCUCUUCGCUCUGGUGGUUAGUCUUCCAGCGCUAUUCAACAUCGGUGCCCUGUUAGCUCUAAUUACUUUUAUUUAUGCCAUUAUCGGCAUGUCAGUAUUUGGUCACGUUAAGAAACAAGGUGCGCUUGAUGAUAUGGUAAAUUUUGAAACUUUUGGUAGAAGCAUGCAAUUACUGUUUCGAUUAAUGACCUCAGCUGGUUGGAACGACGUGUUAGAAUCAUUGAUGGUACAACCACCGAAUUGCGAUCCGACUCCAACUAAUCGGCAAUUGAAUGGAAAUUGCGGAUAUCCUCUAUUGGCAAUAACCUAUUUUACUUCUUUCAUCAUAAUCAGCUAUAUGAUCGUUAUCAAUAUGUACAUUGCUAUUAUUCUCGAGAAUUUUAAUCAGGCCCAUCAAGAAGAAGAAAUCGGUAUUGUCGAAGACGAUCUAGAAAUGUUUUACAUUCGAUGGUCCAAAUACGAUCCGCACGCGACACAAUUCAUAAAUUUUUCGCAAUUAAGCGAUUUCAUAGCAAGUCUGGAUCCACCAUUAGGGAUUUCGAAGCCCAAUAUGGUUGCACUAGUUAGUUUUAAUCUACCUAUCGCAAAGGGUAAUAAGAUUCAUUGUCUGGACAUUCUGCACGCACUUGUCAAGCACGUCCUUGGACACGUAGAAGAGUCUGAAGAUUUUCGAAAGCUGCAGGAACAAAUGGAUAUUAAAUUUAAGAAACAAUUUCCCACUCGUAAAGAAUUAGAAAUUGUUUCUUCAACGAGAAUGUGGAAACGUCAAGACAAAGCAGCUAGGUUGAUUCAACGUACCAUCAGGGAAUAUAUAACAGCGAAAAAGGAACGUGAAAGGAUGGCUCAAGAAGUGGAUUCUCAGACUCAGACGUCAAGUCCUGGUGGUGGGAACGAGGGUAGGGGCGGGGGUGGAUGGAGUGGCAAAGUAUCGGCUUUUCUACAUGUGCAUAGAGGUAGUCGAGCCAGUAGUCGCAAGUCCUCGAGGGCCAGCGACGCCAGCGAUUUCAGCGAGCUCGGUACAGCUUCGGCAUGGCUUUUUCCAAAUUUACCUCUGCUGUUGCUCUCCGGCGCCACCGGUACUCACGAGGACCUGCCUCCUCCCGCUCUGACCGUAUCCCGUCCCUCGCCGACUACAGAACAACAAACGUUUACCGGUUCCUCUGUUGCUUCUGCUACUUCCUCUGAUCUACACACUAGAUCAAUCGGGGGUCCAACUCUCGGCCGACAAAAUGCCGUUGAAAGUUAUCCCGACGAGGAAGUCCCUAGUCUUCCUACGAAGCGCAAAUCACUUCCGCCAAGCGCUACAACACUCUCUCUGAACACCUUACAUCGUGAUAUCAAAGAAGCAUUUAGCAGACGUUGCGGUAGCCUUCGAAAGAAACAUCAACCAGCUCCUGAACCAGCUCCGCUGCCAAUCGAAUCUACCGAUGUAAGCAUACUUGUUACGGAACCCAGUCCAGAGAAUUCAGCACCGCCUUCAAGACCGGCAUUACUUAGACAACAAUCCGCCGCCACGGUCGUUCAUGUCCUCGUACACAGGGAGAGUGAAGAAUAUCGAGAUGUACAACCCGAUAAUGCCAGUUGAUCUUAGAUCAUUAUGCUCGACAUCCUUCCUAAAACAAUUUAAUGAAAGGCUAAUUUGCUUUUUA